AUGAACCUGGUGCACAUUCGCGUCAUCUCUACCAAGACGAGCCGGCUUAAGGAGGGUGUUGAUUAUAUCCGGACUGGCCUUGAGCGGCAAACCGUUCUUAGAGAUCCUCACAGCAAGAGGCACUCACUAGGAGGUCGGGAAAGCGGCUGGACGGAGGCCGACUUUCAGUCUAACCCUGGACUAUCGCUCGCCACCCCUCCAGACGAUCCCGAGUUAUUCUUUGGUACGCCUGCCUCCUCGACAGAUACCGACUACUCCUUUGACUUUAAUGUCUUCCCAUCGCAGAUUCUGUCCCUUGCCGAGGAGGCGAGUGAUGCGCCCACCGUCUGGUUGGAUUUCGCGGCCGCCGAUGAUUCGAGCGUCUGUUGUGAGGAGGAGGACGACGAGAGGGACGAGGACGCAUCCUUGCCGUCCAGGAGGGGGUUGUAG